CUCACGAGUCCUUAAAAGAUGUUGAAACAAUCCCCAGAACAGGCACAGAUAGCGUCGUAUUCGACUGAAUUCGAUUCAACACUGCCAUUUUCGUUUUUCUCUUUUCCAUCCCAUUCGUCAAAUUGCAGACCCUCACAAGUACUGCUCACGGGUCUGCUGAACAAUUUGUCCAGUCCGCCAUUUCUGAGAUACCAAUGGCGGCAGCCAUACAUUGUUUGUUGCUAUCACUUGUUGUUGUGAUAAGUGGACUGAAAUGUUCGCAGGCGGAUGAUUUAAACUCUGCGCUGAACUCCAGCUCUGUUCUGGAAGGGCUUCUGGAGUCGCCUUACACAGAUUUUGUAGAGCUGAUUGAAAAAGCCUCGCUUUUACAGAAAUUGGAGCAGCUGGUGAGCCGCCGUAACGUCACCAUUUUAGCGCCCCCAAAUUCGUGCUUCGAAGGCCCCGCUCAGGCAAGCUUUCGGAGAUUUCUGCUCGAGCCGGGAAACAUUAUGCUUCUGCAGAGGUUGCUCCUGUUCCACGUGUUGCCACGCAGGCUCACGGCCGCCACGUGGCCGCUCUCCAUGGCCAAUUUUAAAACCCUUUCUUCAGAUUUUCUCCAGCUAUGGACGCUCGGCAACAGCCUGAAGGUAGGGUUAAUUACAGUCACAGCACCGGACGCCAUUGUUCGAUUUGAUGGAGUUGUUCAUGGCGUCGACGGCUUUCUGCUUCCAAAGAUUGUGCAGCAGGCUUUUGCACAGUGGAAGAAGAAGCGUCUGUAUAAAGAAUCCUAUUCUUUUGCUAAAGCCCCUGGUUCUAUUGACAGGCGCCGAAUGAGUGCUCUUGGAUCUGCUCCGCUUAUUCCUAAAGCGGCUCCUUUAGCGGUUGCUGCUGCUGCUCCGAGUCCCUCUUAUUCUUCUUCCUCUGGCUCUGCAGAAAAUUAUAUUAUUAAUGGACUGCUAGGGUCUCUGUUUGAGUACAAAGAUUACAGUGAAAUGGCAGACCUGCUGGUGAAUAUGACAUCUCUGGCCUCUGAACUGGCCAGGCUUGUGAAGGAAGGGUACCGCCUGACGAUUUUGGCGCCCUGUAAUGAAGCCUUUGCAGAGCUUACAGAGGAGCAGCUAAAAGCUCCUGAACAGACUCUGCUUUAUCAUAUUCUUGCAGAGUACCAAACAGAGACCAGUUUUUAUCAUUCUGCGCGGAGAUUUGGCCAGAUUUAUUAUGAGACUCUCAGAGUUCCGAUGAAGUUGAGCGCGCGUGAAUCCGAUGGAGUUGUCGAAUUUGGGGAAGGAAAGAAUAAAGCUCGCUUGUAUGAUAAUGAUAUUUAUGCCGACGGUUUCAUUUCUGUACAGGGGAUUGACAAAUUGCUUGUGCCUCGGCCCGGAAACAACAGAGAAUGAGUGAUACAGAGUCAGGAUUCAGGAUUCAGCAUUUUUUCUUUUUCUUUUUAGUGAAAUAGAGAUCAUACGGUUUCAGAAAGUUGCUAAGUUAUAGGAAUCAGAAUCAAUACUUAGUUUCUUUCUCAUAGCAACAUGAAGAUUGCAUUUGAGCUUUUUAUCUUAGAUAUUGAAAAUUUCCUGUAAAUUGUAGAAUUCUCACACACAAGCAUAUGCCUUUGUAGAUUUUUCUUUUUGACCUUUCUUUUUCUGUGCAUUUGAUUAUAUUUUGGCGUGGAAGAGGUACAAUUUAAUGUGAAGAUCUGAGGUCUGUAAUGGCGGAUUAUGACGCUUGAAUGACUUGCACAUUGCCUGUGAUUUAGCUUGUGAAGUUUACAGUCAUUCCGGCAGGGCUCUGAUUAAAGAUCAAAUGUUCUGAAUUUUUCUUCAGUUAUUUUACCAGGCAAAAGGAAGAUUUGAACAGGAA